AUGAUGAUAGAGUUAAUCUCCGCCCGUGCUUUAUUGACCACAAGGUGGCACGUUAUAACUGGAUCAUUCCACCAUCCAUUCGUCUGCAUCAAGAACAAGAAGCAGCAAAAAGAGCGGUCAAACAAGUGGAGACUACAUCUUCUACGACCGAAGCUAUCCCUGAUACUGUAUCCAGGAAUUUGCCGUCCGUACCUUUACAUCAGUCGCUACGUCAAUCGCUUCAGGCGUCCCAGCCUGCAGCCGUCUGAUAAUGAUGGCGCAACGUCAACAUCGGACAGUUCUCCAAUUUAUGAUGAUAGUGAUGAUGACUCCCAACAUGACCAAGUUAGUCUUAAAGAUAAUUUUGACCUAAUGAAUGAAACAGUUAUUGUACCAGUUUCUUCACCCUCCGCCCCAGUAUGGGCGAAAGCGGCUAAAAAUCGUCGAGCCUUAUCUGCUGUUAACAUCCGAACUCUGAGAACAUUUUCUCCAUAA